AUGGCCUUUUUACUUACUCAAACGCUGCCGGCCUCAAAUGUCGCUAUGGAAAUGAGUCUGACCAAGCAGAUCGAAAAAACCAAAGAGUUGCCGCAGGCGAGGGAAGUCAUUGCGGUACCUGAAGUUAAUUACGAAGAAAUUAAGAAAGGUUAUAAAGAUUCGGCUGAAAGGUUGAUCCUCCUUGGCUAUGGUGGUGUUUUUGGACCGAAGCGUGAUCGGCUGUUUGGGCCAGAUCUGUAUGACAGCGGGGUCAUUGAGCCUUUGACAAAGCUGGCUGCAAACCCCAAGAAUAAAGUUUGGAUCAUAACCGCCCGACAUUGGGACGAGCUGCCCAACUCGAUUAGCACAAUUCCGGGGCUCCAUGUGGGGCACAGCAGAGGUACCCGGCUGGAUGUUCCCGAGGGAAGAAUUGUACCAAAGCUACCAGAAUAUGCGGAAGAGAUGGCAAAAAUGGAAGACCAGCUUACCAAAGUUUUAUCAAGUGGGUAUCUGAAAUUUCUGGAAAAUGAUUACAUGUGA